AUGGUGCCCAGAGCCUGCGCCUGGAGUCUCGACCGGUCCUGGGAAGGGGCGCCCACCCGCGAUGUCCUGCUGGUGUCCGCCAUCAUCACCGUCAGCCUUAGCGUCACAGUCGUCCUCUGCGGCCUCUGCCACUGGUGUCAGCGCAAACUGGGCAAACGCUACAAGAACUCCUUGGAGACCGUGGGCACGCCGGACUCGGGGCGUGGGCGCAGCGAGAAGAAGGCCAUCAACGACCUAGACAGAGACUUUUGGAAUAACAAUGACAGCACAGUGCAGCAGAAAUGGAGCUCCUACCCUCCCAAGGAGUUUAUUCUAAACAUUUCACCCUACGCCCCUUAUGGCGACCCACGACUGUCCCUCAAUGGCACCCUCCUGUCGGGCGCCAAAGUGGCUGCCGCAGCGGGGCUGGCAGUGGAGCGGGAAGGCCGGCUAGGGGAGAAACCGGCGCCAGCGCCGCCACCAGGAGAGGACGCCUUGAGAAGCGGCGGGGCUGCCCCCAGCGAGCCGGGCAGCGGCGGCAAGGCGGGGAGAGGCCGCUGGCGGAUGGUGCAGAGCCACCUGGCCGCGGGGAAGCUCAACUUGUCCAAUUUCGAGGACUCCACCCUGUCCACGGCCACUACCCUUGAGUCUAUUCCCAGCUCCACGGGAGAGCCGAGGUGCCAGCGACCCCGCACCCUGACACGGCAGCAGAGCCUGCAGCAGCCCCUGAGCCAGCACCAGCGGGGCCGGCAGCCCAGCCAGCCCACCACCAGCCAGAGCCUGGGCCAGCUGCAGGCCCACGUGGCCGCGGCGCCUGGCGCCAACCCCCGCGCACACGGCCGUGGCCCGGCCCGGCAGGCCACCUCGGCCGGCUCCAAGUACCGGGCGGCGGGGGGCCGCAGCCGCUCCAACCCAGGCAGCUGGGACCACGUGGUGGGGCAGAUUCGAAACCGAGGCUUGGACAUGAAAUCCUUCCUGGAAGGCCGGAUGGUGGUGCUAUCCUUGGUCUUAGGGCUUUCGGAACAGGAUGACUUUGCCAAUAUCCCUGACCUGCAAAACCCAGGAACCCAGCAGAACCAGAACGCUCAGGGGGACAAGAGGUUGCCCGCAGGAGGGAAGGCGGUGGACACGGCGCUGGUGCCGGGCCAGACGCCCCAUGAUGAGUCCGACCGCAGGACCGAGCCCCGCUCCUCCGUCUCCGACCUGGUCAACUCCCUCACCAGCGAGAUGCUCAUGCUGUCCCCAGGCUCCGAAGAGGACGAGGCCCACGAGGGCUGCAGCCGUGAGAACCUGGGCCGGAUCCAGUUCAGCGUGGGCUACGACUUCCAGGAGUCCACGCUCACCGUGAAGAUCCUGAAGGCCCAGGAGCUGCCCGCCAAGGACUUCAGUGGCACCAGCGACCCCUUCGUCAAGAUCUACCUGCUGCCCGACAAGAAGCACAAGCUGGAGACCAAGGUGAAACGGAAGAACCUCAAUCCCCACUGGAACGAGACCUUCCUCUUCGAAGGUUUCCCCUACGAGAAGGUGGUGCAGAGGGUCCUCUACCUCCAGGUCCUGGACUAUGACCGCUUCAGCCGCAAUGACCCCAUUGGGGAGGUGUCCAUCCCCCUCAACAAGGUGGACCUGACGCAGAUGCAGACCUUCUGGAAGGACCUGAAGCCAUGCAGCGAUGGGAGUGGGAGCCGAGGGGAGCUGCUCUUGUCUCUCUGCUACAACCCCUCCGCCAACUCCAUCAUCGUGAACAUUAUCAAAGCCCGGAACCUCAAAGCCAUGGACAUCGGGGGCACAUCAGACCCCUACGUGAAGGUGUGGCUGAUGUACAAGGACAAGCGAGUGGAGAAGAAGAAGACGGUGACCAUGAAGAGGAACCUGAACCCCGUCUUCAACGAGUCCUUUGCCUUCGACAUCCCCACGGAGAAGCUGCGGGAGACCACCAUCGUCAUCACCGUCAUGGACAAGGACAAGCUGAGCCGCAACGACGUCAUCGGCAAGAUCUACCUGUCCUGGAAGAGCGGGCCAGGCGAGGUGAGGCACUGGAAGGACAUGAUCGCCCGUCCCCGGCAGCCUGUGGCCCAGUGGCACCAGCUGAAGGCCUGAGCACCCAGGGACGCCCAGGGGGCCCAACCCCGGGCCCAUCAUGCCCUCACCACCCUUCGCACACCACCCGGCCCGGCCCCCGCCGCGGGUGAGGGGAGGACACUGGGGCCCGUCCAGGACGUCCUGCCCACCCACAGUCCACGGGGUGGGCUCCGGAGCCAUCUCCCUGCUUCGCCGCUCCUUCCUGACUUGCCCAGGCCAAGCAGUGGGGAGCGCCUGCGAGCAGACGGGCACACCCUCCAGAGGCCCGCCAGGUGGGCACGGCCCCCGUUUUCUUUACGGCGGUGCCUGGAGUGGAGAGAAGCCAGCCCUCCCCGCCCAGGAGGGGGUGCCGAGGCAUUUGGCCCCGGCCUGGCAGGACGGCCCGCCUGCAGGGCGGCUUCAGGUGCCGGCUGGGCCCUGAACGCUGAGUGCAUAGCCUGCUCCGGGUGAGCCGGCCCUGUGUCUUUGUGUUGUGUCACUGUGUAUGUGUGAGGGGCGCUGCUCCCUGUCCCGGGGUCAGCAGUGUGGAGACAGAAGCAGGAUGGCUGGGGCCGGGGCUGGGGCUGGAGGGGCAGGGACAAGGUGAUGCCGCCCACCCGCUGCGAGUCCUCAGCAGCUCCUCCCUGGCGACUUCACCUCUUGGACAUCAGUUCACAACUUUUAGGCACCUACUGUGUGCAUAGCAUUCCACCAGGACCCCCACUCCCUCUGUCUCAGGGGUCCCAGCCCCGCCAGCUUGUCCCCACCCCAAGACUCCACCUCUCCAGACCCGUGCUCGGCUCCCCACCUGGCCCUUCCCUGCCCUCGCCUGACCGGGGCGCCUCGCCUGCCUGCCCUCCUGGUGCAGUUUCUCAUGUCUGCCUGGCCCUGCCUGGUCCCUGGGGCGGCCUCUCCCGGCCUCCCGCCCACCUGUGGAUUCUGAGUCUCUGAGGCUGAGUACUGGCUUCCGCUGACAUAGCAGACAGCAGGAUGGGCUCAAGCUGGUCCUCCUGUGGUGACAGAGCCUCCCGACGUCCCCAGAACGCACCACCAGGUGGCGCCAGAACACCAUAGGAGGCGGGGCCCCAGGCAGGGAAGAACGGCCUCAUCACACUGCUUGUGCAUCCAAGCUGCCCGCCUCCUGCCCUUCCUCCCUGGGAUCUGGAGGGAGAGUUCCAGUAGGUGAAUCGUUCCGUAGAGUGAGGAAUGCCAGUUGUGCAAAGCAGUAGCCACCACCGUCCUUGUAAACCCAGUCUCCCUCGUAUAGCUUUGCUUGGAGUGGGCCUGCCCAGCUGCCCAGCAGGGUGUGCGCGGAGGAGCGGCCAGAGGGUGGAGGGCAGGGUCAGCCGUGCUCCCUCCCUCCCUCCCUCAGACCCCUGUCUGCUUCGGCCCCACAGGGCCCUCGGGUGUGAGCGGCCUCAGCCUGCCACACAGCUCCCAGCCGUCACGGCAGAGGCACGGUUCCCCUCAGGAGCCAGGUGCACGUGAUGGCCUGGGGUCCCCCCGCUCCAUGCUGGAGCCCGCAUGUGGGCCAGGGCUGCUCAGGCAGGCUGAGGGCGGGGUGGGCCGGCAGGAGAGGCGGGCAACAUGGAGCGGCAGCGGGUGGGACAGCCUAGGGCAGCCAGAGGGCAGGGCACAGGGUGUGAGGGUGGGGAGGGCGCCUUAGCCGGCCUCUGUCCCAGGACCUCAGGCAAGUCACCCACCCUCCCUGCGACUCAGUUUCCCCAUCUGCAAAAUGAUGGUAAUAAUACUUCACCUACCUCAUGGGGGAGGUUGUGAGGUCACCAUCGCCUGACCUGGGGGUCUAGCGAGGCAGAAGGACCCUGAAGGUGCUACCGGGAGCAAAGUAUUAUUACCGCGGCCUGAGCGCUCCGCCUGCCUGCCGUCCCUGCCGCGGGACAGGGAGGCCAGGGCCCCCCCCCGUCUUUUCACUGUGUCCUGGGCCCUGUCAUGAGUGUCAUCUGCCUCAUUUGUGGGCACCCUAGACCUAGUCGUGACCUGGUUCAGCUCUGUCCUCCGUGAACAUCUCCCCACCUGCCCCAGGACCCCACGCCACCCCCCGGCUCCACAGCCAGGGUUAGGGACAAAGGAAAAAGCCACACAGAAGCCACGGGGCGCCCUGCCCCGGAGUGGGGACUGGCGGCCGCUGUCUGUAUCGUGUUUGAGUCUUCGAGUGCAAGUGUUUUAUAAAAAAUAAGACGAAAACCACUGUCACAGAAAAAGAGUUUUUGCAGUGAAGAGAAGAGAGAAAGCUGAAGAAACAAAAAAAAAAAAAAAGGAAAAAAGAACCAUACAAAAGUUUUCCACCACACACACCCUGUAAGCCAGCAGAAUUUCCUCUUUGCAAAAUCAUAUUUUUGUGGGAAUGGGCCCUGCUGUUUCGGGCGGGGCCUGUUCUGAUUAAUAAAGGAUCGUGAAAAGUA